AUGGGAAUUGUGGGGAGAAUGGGAAUUGUGGGGAGCAAACGGGAGCGGUGUCAGCGAACAGGGAGGAUGCGUGGGCUGCAAAUUAACACCUCUGAUAGCUCUCAGGCUUUGACCGGACCAGCUAAGCAUGAUGUGGAAUUCCUGACAUCACCUCAAGCUUUUGAUCCUUCUCUGCUUUUUAACAGGAAGGCUGAACUCACUGGCAUCAAAUGGCGUAGGUACAAUUUUGAAGGGCAUGGGGACUGUGGCCCUAUCAUUUCAGCCCCGGCGCAGGAUGAUCCGAUCCUGCUCAGCUUCAUCCGUUGCCUGCAAGCCAACUUGCUCUGCGUGUGGCGCCGCGACGUCAAACCGGAUUGUAAGGAGCUGUGGAUAUUCUGGUGGGGUGAUGAGCCAAACCUGGUAGAUGUGAUUCAUCAUGAACUGCACAUGGUAGAAGAAGGACUGUGGGAGAAUGGACUUUCCUAUGAGUGUAGGACCCUGCUCUUCAAAGCAAUUCAUAAUCUUCUGGAAAGGUGCCUGAUGGAUAAAAACUUCGUAAGAAUUGGGAAAUGGUUCAUAAGACCGUAUGACAAGGAUGAGAAGCCUGUUAAUAAAAGUGAGCAUUUGUCGUGCGCCUUCACAUUCUUUCUUCAUGGGGAAAGCAAUGUGUGCACCAGCGUGGAGAUUGCUCAGCACCAGCCAAUCUACCUGAUAAACGAAGAGCACAUCCACAUGGCACAGUCCUCCCCUUCGCCAUUCCAAGUUUUGGUGAGUCCUUAUGGUUUAAAUGGUACGCUGACGGGCCAGUCGUAUAAGAUGUCAGACCCAGCAACCCGUAAAUUGAUGGAAGAAUGGCAAUAUUUUUACCCUAUGGUGCUGAAGAAAAAGGAAGGGAUGAAAGAGGAAGAAGAGUUGGGAUAUGACAACGAUUUCCCUGUGGCAGUUGAAGUCAUUGUUGGUGGUGUACGGAUGGUGUAUCCUUCAGCCUUUGUGCUCAUCUCCCAGAGUGACAUCCCUGUGUCACAGAGUGCUGCCAAUACUGGAAGCCAUAUAAAUGUGGGACAGCAGGGGCUUGGAAGUGUGAAAGAUCCUGCUAGUACCUGUGGGAUGCCACUCACUCCACCCACUUCUCCAGAGCAAGCCAUUAUGGGAGAAAGUGGAGGCUCUCAAAGUACUAUCAGCCAUUCAGCUGUACAGGAGAGGACAGUCAGUGUACACAGUCCAAAGAAAUCAGGCAAGAUUACCCCAAAAUUUCACAAUCACAUGGUCCACCGUGUCUGGAAGGAGUGCAUUCUCAACAGGUCACAGUCCAAGAGGAGUCAAGUUACAACUGCAAAUCUGGAGGAGGAAGUUCCUAGUAAUGCUGUUUCUUGGGAUUUUGUAGAUCCAGUCCAAAGAGUCAGUUGUUCUUGUUCCAGGCAUAAGGUUUUCAAACAGCGUUGUGCUCCAGGCUCCAGCCGUCCCCCAACGGUAACUCCACCGGGAUUCAGUGUGGGAACAUCGUCGUCUUCGUCGUUGCCACCUCCUGCCUCUUCAAAGCACAAAACAACAGAAAGACAGGAUAAAGGAGAUAAACUGCAAAAAAGGCCUUUGAUGCCGUUUCACCACCGGCCCUCUGUGACUGAAGAGCUAUGCAUGGAGCAAGACACAUCAGGACAGAAACUGGGAUUAGCAGGAAUAGAACAGUCUUUGGAAGUCCCUAGCUCCAGAAAAUAUGAGAAGCCGCUAUCUAUACCUGCUAGAAAUCCAAGCAAGCAAAUUAACAUGAAUCCUAUGGAUUCACCCCAUUCCCCUACUUCCCCCCUGCCUCCCACACUUAGCCCCCAGCCCAGAGGUCAGGAAGCAGAGAAUCUGGACCCACCAUCAGUCCCUGUGAACCCAGCACUCUACAGCAGCGGGCUGGAGCUCCAGCCCUUGCCCAGCCUGGAUGAUAGGACAAUUCUUGUUGGACAGAGGCUACCUCUGAUGGCAGAGGUUAGUGAGACAGCAUUAUACUGCGGGAUAAUUCACAACAGCGAUUCGUUAGACAUGUGGAGGACCUAUAGUGUCCCACCAACUGACGAUCCAGAGUUCAGACCGCCAGAUCUUCCUUGUGAGAGAUACGAUGCCAAGAUGGAAGUAAACUCAGACAGCACAGCACUGAAAAGGCUUUUAGCACAACCUAAUAAACGAUUUAAAAUUUUGGAAGACAACAAACCAGCACAGAUGCUCAACUAUCCCCACCCCUUCCCUCUAACACAUCAGCCUGGGGAAGGCUUGGGAGACGCUAGUGACCCUUACACUUUUGAAGAUGGUGACAUAAAGUACAGCUUCACUGGCAAUAAAAAAUGCAAACUUGGGGCUGAGAAAGAUCUUUUGAAAAAGAACAAGUCAGAAGAUGGAAUUGGUACCAAGGACAUCCCCACAGCAGGUCAUUCUGCACCAGUGCCUGAUGGGAAGGAUGCCAUGUCUAUUUUCAGUUCCGCUCCUAAGACGGAUACCCGGCAAGACAAUGCUGCAGGCCGAGUAGGCUCUGGUAGCCUCACACAAGUGACAGAUCUGGCUCCAUCACUUCAUGAUUUAGAUAAUAUCUUUGAUAAUUCAGAUGAAGAUGAGCUUGGUGCUGUAUCACCAGCUCUUCGGUCAUCAAAAACACCUGCAGUGGGGUCUGAGGAACGCCCUGUAGGGAAGGAUGGUAGAACAGCAGUACCUUAUCCACCAACUGUGGCAGAUCUCCAAAGGAUGUUCCCAACACCACCAUCUUUAGAGCAACAUCCUGCUUUCUCCCCUGUAAUGAAUUACAAAGAUGGAAUAAGCUCCGAGACUGUGACUGCCCUGGGAAUGAUGGAAAGUCCUAUGGUCAACAUGGUUCCAACGCAGCUUGCUGAGUUUAAAAUGGAGGUGGAAGAUGGAUUAGGUAGCCCUAAACCUGAAGAAAUUAAGGACUUUUCGUAUGUGCACAAAGUUCCAUCAUUUCAACCUUUCGUGGGCUCCUCCAUAUUUGCCCCCCUGAAGAUACUGCCGAGUCAGUGCCUCCUACCUCUGAAGAUACCAGAUGCCUGCAUUUUCAGGCCUUCUUGGGCAGUUCCUCCUAAAAUUGAACAACUUCCUUUGCCACCUGCAGCCACUUUCAUCAGAGAUGGCUACAACAACGUGCCUAGUGUUGGGAGCUUGGCCGAUCAGGACUAUCUCCAGAUGAGCACUCCUCAGAUGAACACCCCCGUGACGCUGAACAGCGCCGCCCCGGCCAGCAACAGCGGAGCUGGAGUUCUGCCGUCGCCAGCAACUCCCCGCUUCUCUGUGCCUACCCCCCGCACUCCCAGGACUCCAAGGACUCCUAGAGGUGGGGGUACUGCAAGCGGUCAAGGAUCUGUAAAAUAUGACAGCACAGAUCAAGGUUCACCUGCGUCUACCCCUUCUACGACACGACCGCUUAAUUCUGUGGAGCCAGCCACUGUUCAGCCAAUCCCGGAGGCUCACAGCCUCUACGUCACCUUGAUUCUCUCAGACUCUGUGCUGAACAUCUUCAAAGAUCGUAACUUUGACAGCUGUUGCAUAUGCGCCUGUAAUAUGAAUAUUAAAGGUGCAGAUGUGGGAUUAUACAUCCCAGAUUCAUCUAAUGAGGAUCAGUACCGUUGCACCUGUGGAUUUAGUGCUAUUAUGAACCGCAAAUUAGGUUACAACUCUGGGCUCUUCAUUGAGGAUGAGUUGGAUAUUUUUGGCAAGACCUCAGAUAUUGGCCAAGCUGCAGAAAGACGACUGAUGAUGUGUCAAAGCAACCUGCUUCCUCAGAUGGGAGAGGGAGCUAGAAGGACCCAGGAACCUCCAAUGAGCCUCCUCCUGCUCCUCCAGAAUCAGCACACACAGCCUUUCACUUCUCUGAGCUGCUUGGAUUAUAUGUCCUCCAACAACCGUCAGCCGCUGCCCUGCAUGAACUGGAGUUAUGACAGGCUGCAGGCAGACAGUAACGACUCCUGGGUUGAGUGCUUCAAUGCCCUGGAGCAGGGCAGGCAAUAUGUGGAUAACCCCACUGGUGGGAAAGUAGAUGAAGCCCUAGUCAGAAGCGCCACUGUGCAUUCUUGGCCUCACAGCAAUGUCCUGGACAUCAGCAUGCUCUCCUCCCAGGAUGUGGUGCGCAUGCUGCUCUCGCUCCAGCCCUUUCUCCAGGACGCCAUCCAGAAGAAGCGAACGGGAAGGACCUGGGAGAACAUCCAGCAUGUGCAGGGACCGCUCACCUGGCAGCAGUUCCAUAAGAUGGCGGGACGGGGCACCUAUGGCUCUGAGGAAUCUCCUGAGCCUCUUCCAAUCCCAACGUUACUAGUCGGCUAUGACAAGGACUUCCUGACAAUCUCUCCAUUCUCUUUGCCGUUCUGGGAAAGGCUAUUGCUUGACCCAUACGGGGGCCAUCGGGAUGUCGCCUAUAUUGUGGUGUGUCCAGAAAAUGAGGCCUUGCUCGAUGGAGCCAAAACUUUCUUCAGGGACUUGAGUGCUGUAUACNAGAUGUGUAGACUUGGCCAGCACAAACCAAUCUGCAAAGUGUUACGUGAUGGGAUUAUGCGGGUGGGAAAGACCGUGGCCCAAAAGCUGACGGAUGAGCUUGUGAGCGAAUGGUUUAGCCAGCCUUGGGGCACUGAGGAGUGUGACAAUCAUUCCAGACUCAAACUUUAUGCGCAAGUUUGUCGGCAUCACCUAGCACCUUACUUAGCCACUCUGCAGCUUGACAGCAGCCUCUUUCUACCACCUAAAUACCAAAUGCCAGCGCCAGCAAGCCAGGCCCAAACCGUGCCUGGGAACAGUGGAUCCGUGCCCUCAAACCCAGCAUGUCUGUCGGCUCCCGGGGCACCGCCAGCAGGCAGUGCUUUUAACCCCGCUCCCAACGGUGGCACCAGCAGCCUCCCAGCAGCAGCGGUGUCAUCCUCGGGAUCCUCCUUGCCACAGCUGUCAGCGUCGUCUGCAGCCCCUGGCAUUAGCCAGAUGACCACUACCUCCACUCCAGGGUUUAGUGGGAACAUGUGUCCAGGGCAGAGCACCAGCACUGCGGGUAACACAGCAGACCGCUCGCAAGGAAGCGCAGGUCCUGGAGGAGAUGUAGAUUCUGGGCAAAAUGUACCACCGCAGCAACAAGAAGGACAAGAAGGUGUUACAGAGAGGGAGAGAAUAGGGGUUCCCACUGAGCCGGAGUCUGCAGACAGCAAUGCCUACCCUCCAGCUGUCGUCAUCUACAUGGUGGAUCCUUUUACCUACACUGCAGAUGAAGAAUCUGCCUCAGCAAACUUCUGGCUGCUAAGUUUGAUGAGAUGCUACACAGAAAUGUUGGAGAACUUGCCCGAGAAUAUGAGGAAUUCUUUCAUUCUCCAGAUUGUGCCUUGCCAGUACAUGCUGCAGACAAUGAAGGAUGAACAGGUUUUCUACAUUCAGCACUUGAAGUCUUUGGCAUUUUCAGUGUAUUGCCAAUGCAGGAGGCCACUGUCCACGCAGAUUCACAUCAAGUCUCUCACAGGCUUUGGGCCAGCUGCCAGCAUCGAGAUGACCCUCAAAAAUCCUGAGAGGCCCUGCCCAAUCCAGCUUUACUCACCUCCUUUUAUAUUGGCACCUAUCAAAGACAAACAGACAGAGCUGGGAGAAACAUUUGGAGAGGCCAGUCAGAAAUACAAUGUUCUUUUUGUUGGAUAUUGUUUGUCUCAUGACCAACGUUGGCUUCUGGCAUCCUGCACUGAUCUACAUGGUGAAUUGUUGGAAACCUGCAUAGUUAAUAUUGAUUUACCAAACAGGUCAAGGAGGAGCAAGUUAUCUGCACGUAAAAUUGGUCUGCAGAAGCUCUGGGAAUGGUGCAUCGGGAUUGUCCAGAUGACAUCGCUGCCUUGGAGAGUUGUCAUCGGGCGACUUGGUCGUCUGGGCCAUGGGGAGUUAAAAGACUGGAGUAUCCUCCUUGGGGAAUGUUCCCUGCAGACAAUCAGCAAACAGCUAAAGGAGGUGUGCCGCAUGUGUGGCAUCUCCUCAGCGGACUCUCCUUCUAUCCUCAGUGCCUGCUUAGUUGCCAUGGAACCACAAGGCUCCUUUGUCGUGAUGCCAGAUGCUGUCACUAUGGGAUCAGUGUUUGGCCGGAGUACUGCGCUGAACCUGCAGUCAUCUCAGCUGAACACCCCUCAGGAUGCCUCCUGUACACACAUCUUGGUUUUCCCAACCUCUGCUACCAUCCAGGUAGCACCAGCAAAUUAUCCUAAUGAAGAUGGGUUCAGCCCCACUAAUGAUGACAUGUUUGACCUCCCAUUCCCAGAUGACAUAGAGAAUGACUUUGGAAUUUUAAUAACAGGGAAUCUUCACUCUCCACCAAAUUCCUCUCCAGUUCCUUCCCCUGGUUCCCCAUCUGGUAUUGGAGUGGGAUCUCACUACCAGCAUAGUAGGAGCCAAGGGGAACGUCUUCUCUCUAGAGAAGCCCCUGAAGAACUGAAGCAGCAGCCCCUUGCUCUUGGGUACUUUGUGUCAACUGCCAAAGCUGAGAAUCUUCCACAGUGGUUCUGGUCAUCUUGUCCUCAGGCACAAAACCAGUGUCCCCUCUUCUUGAAGGCCUCACUGCAUCACCAUAUCUCUGUAGCGCAGACAGAUGAACUUUUACCUGCCAGAAAUUCUCAGCGUGUUCCACACCCCCUGGACUCUAAAACCACAUCAGAUGUCUUGAGGUUCGUUUUGGAGCAGUACAAUGCACUGUCCUGGCUUACAUGUAACCCUGCCACUCAGGAUCGCAGCUCCUGCCUUCCUGUCCACUUUGUGGUGCUCACUCAAUUGUACAAUGCCAUCAUGAAUAUACUUUAAUAGAUAGAAAAGCACUUGUUCUUCUGGCUUAUUCUCCUCUCAACCUGAGAAACGUGCCACAGUCUGCAAAAAUGACAAUUUUGCUUAUCUUCAGACCAGUCGUGUACUGUGCUUCUGUUCCUCCAUAAGCACAUGCGCAUUCUGCAGUGUUCAAAACUCAAGUACCCAUUAACAUCUCUGGCAGCUUCAGUCCAAAAUCUGGGAACAUCCAAGAACAGUGAACACAUAGUAACCUCAAGCCAGUGUUAGUUUGGUGGCCCAGUAACUACUGGUCAGUGUGAUUGUUAUUUUUUUUCCUCUCCUUUUUUUCUUUUUUUUCCUUUUUUUGAGGAAGACUACAGUGUCUUUUUGCAUUAGGAACUCUGAUAUACAAGCAAGAGCAGUUUCAGCCCUGCAAGUGCAAAAUAUCUUGUAGUGACCAGUUUGGGUUUUCCAGAAGUUUUCUUGUUUGAACAUCAUAAACUGGGACUUUGCAGAAGAUGACAACCAGUCGUAGUUUCGUAUUCAUAUUGGAGUUUCUGUCUACCUGGAGUUCCUGUCAGUGGAUUGGGAUGAAUGCAUGCAUUUGUUACCUGUCCAUAUAGAUAUGAAUGGUCUGGAGAUAUUUUAUUUAUUUUUAGGUUUGGGGAGGGAAGGGAUUAAAUUAUAAAGGACCAGGAACAGUAGUAUAUUUUAACAAUCCAGCUCCGUUCCACCGUAAGGUUAUUUAUCUACAUACCUCUCACUCUUCUGACCGAGAAAACAAAAAUGAAGCUAGUAACAAUCAAAGUCCAAGUCGGGAAGGGGGAGCAUAUUCUGCUAAGAAUAUGCUUGUAUUUUAAGGAAUUCUCACCUGUAUUUAGCCUGAUUAGGGCAAGAAACGGCCAGUGUUUAAUGAAGGAUAACACUACCUAAUGGAAGAAGAGUGAGUGAGAGGUAGGGAGCAAGAAUACUUUAAAGCCCGAUCAAUGUAAGGGCAAAUGGAAAGUGGUAAAUUAAUCUAUUGUAGAGUUAUGAUUGAAAUAUAUUUCCAAUAAAUUUAAUGAUGCUAGAAAACUAUUUACUGAAACCCCAAGUCACCCUUUAACUCUGGGCAGACUAGUCCAUGUACAUAUCCAAAAGUAUGGUUUUUGUUUACACUAAAUCAGUUACAAAUCUGGUGUAUUUUUUCUGACUAUAGGAAUAUUAUUUCAAAGAAAUAAUUUUUAAAAAUUAUAUCAUUAAAUUAGUACUUGAAGUUAUACCACUAGUAGUGGAAAAGUUACUUUGUUUAGUAAAAUGAUUGCCAUUUUAAAGGUUAAUGGCUAAUUGAAGUAUUUUUAUGACUCCUUCAUUCCAGGCUUCAAGGGGUUUAUAUUUAAACUCCAUUUUCUAAUGUUCGUUGUUGCACUGUGCAGCAGGCAUGGACUGCCUUACGUGAGGGGUCGGGCACUUUGAUCAGGCUAUGUGACCUAGGUAUCUAUCUGUGGUGAAAAACCUACAAAUUUUAAAGUUCUUCCAAACGACAUUCAUGUUCUGGUUAAAAAAACAAAAAGAAAUUAUAUGAUUUUAAAAAGUAUUUUUCUUGAGAUAAUGUAACAUUUAAAACAAAUUAUAUUAAAAAUAUUGCUUGUGUAAUGAGAAGGUGAAGUCAGAGAACUAACCUGUAAAUGGAUUAUUUCAUUCUCUGCACCAAACCUCCCACAUGGGUAUCCUCUUUGCAAUGUAUAGGUUAAAAAAAAAA